GAUCAGCGGUCUGUCUGAAGUCUCAGUGAGGAGGACGGAGAGCAAACAAGAUGGACAAACUUCUUCUGCUCAUCAUGGCUGCAACAGGGCUGAGUGCUGUCUCAUCAGCUGCUGGACGUCAGUACUAUUUUGUUUAUGACAGGAAGAACUUUACUGAAGCCCAAAGAUACUGCAGAGAGAAAGACGGAGACCUGGCCACUGUAGACAACAUGGAGGUUAUGAAGAUCCUGAACAACACGGCAAAUUUAGACAACAUGUUCUACUCCAAGAACAGCUACAGAGCCUGGAUAGGACUGUCCCGUGACAGCUGGAGGUGGUCACUGUCAAACACAAGUUUCUACAAACCCGGGGAGACGGAGUUCAGACAAUGGAUGGCUGGACGACCAAACACUGAAUACAGUAUAAAACUCUGCACAACGAUGGGUUCUGAUGGACUCUGGCACGACUACAGUUGUGACUACAGGUGGUAUCUAGUCUGCGCAGAUGUCAGAGGGUCAAAUGUGACUUUUGUCUACAUCAACACCCGCAUGACAUGGACUGAAGCCCAGAGCUACUGCAGAGCUCACUACACAGACCUGGCCAGUGUGAGAAACACGACAGAGAACCAGAAGGUACAGGCGAUGAUACCUGCUGGAGGAAACUGGGCCUGGUUUGGCCUUUUCAGAGACUCCUGGAAGUGGUCAGAUGGAAGUACCUCCUCAUUCAGGUUCUGGAAGAACGGGCAACCUGAUAACAUCAACAACGAGGCUUGUGUGGCUGCAGACUUCAGCCAAUCAGGAACCUGGGAGGACUGGUCCUGUGACAUGGAGAGAGCGUUCAUUUGCUACGGUCCAGUGGUGUCAAAGAAAGUGGUGAAAGUGAAGUUUGAGAACAAGAAGAAUCUGGAUCUGAAUGACGCUGCUGUGAUGGAGGCCAUGUUGAAGCAGCUGAAACAGAAGCUGAGGGACCAGGGGCUGGACGACAACAUCAAACUGAGCUGGAGGAAGCAGGCCGAUGGAAAAGUCUUCCACAAGGAAGACAAGAAGACAAACAAGAGGAGGAGGAAGAGGGAUGAGCUGUAAUGUCGAGUUGCUGCGUCUGUUUUCAUCAGAGAAAAGUCUGUUUCUUUGCAAGCAGAAAUACUAAAUAUAUUCACAGCUUUCAGCUUCUCAAAUAUGAAGAUUUGAUGCUUUUCUUUGUUAUAUUUGAUCAUAAACUUAAUAUAUUUGGGCUUCAGACUGUUGUUAGAAUAAAACAAGACUUUAGUAUUUAUCUGAUUUAUUGUCUGUGUGGAAAUAUAACCGACAUGUUUUACUGAUUUCUGAUAUUUUAUGUUGAUGUUUUUCAGGUUGUGGUGGAGAUGUUUUAACAUUAACAUUAUUUAAUUUGUUUAAAAUAUAAAUUAUCUUUAGUGUUGAAUAUUUAAAAUCUGUUUUCAUCAGACUAACUAUCUUUCUUCAUGUGAGAGUAAUAUUAUAAAGUAAUUAUAUGUAUGAUUGUUGUUCUGUCACCUUAUUAGAGAUGCAAACUUUAAACAUUUACCUAAAGUUAGUCAUGAGACUUGUUAUGUGUCUGUAACAUCUUCUAAACUAAAAUACUAAAUAUUUACAGCUUCCAGCUUCUUCAAUAUCAAGAUUUGAGGAUUUUUAUUUGUCACAUUUGGUCAUAAAC